CUGGGAAAAUAACCAGAAUUUCGUUUCGAUGGAGCGUGUUGUGUUGCUGUUGUUGUGCGCUGCUCCGGCGGCCCGGUGCUACAGCUCGGGUCAGGUUACGGGAAGCUGCGCUGACCUGCGGCCCCACCACUCCGGGAUCAGCCCGCAGACAAACCCAGCGCCCUUCACCGUCACCGCCGACCGGAGCCGCUACAGGGACGGAGAGGAGGUCACAGUGCGGCUCCAGGCUCCGAGCUCCACUCCAUUCACUGGUUUCCUGUUACAGGCCAGGGAGGUUGGAGGGGCGUCUCCUCUGGGCUCCUUCAGCCUGGCAGGAGGUGGUGCUCAGCUGCUCACCUGCAACCAGAGAUCUAACUCAGCAGUAUCCCAUACAUCAGAAUCUGCAAAGACCUCCAUCCAGGUGACAUGGAGAGCUACAGCAUCAGAGGAUGCAAAACUCAUCCAAUUCCAUGCGUCCUUUGUGCAGAAUUUCAGGACAUUCUGGGUUGACGUUAGAAGUCCUUCACUGACGCUCAGUAAUGAUAGUACUGAUGGAUCCGUCACCCCCUCCUUCUCUCCAACAGUGAGCAUGACGGCAGCACCUCCGCCUGCUACCGUCUCCAGUGCUGGCUGUGGCAUUACCAAGGUUUGUUUCAGCCAGCCUUUGAACUGUGACCCUGCAGUCAGCACCGACUGCCAUUUCAUGUCAGCCUCCCUCAGCGAUGCAGCUGUCCGGUUUGAGAUGAUCGGUCCAGCCCAGGGAUACAUCUCUUUUGGAUUCUCCGAUGAUCAGUUGAUGGGAAAUGAUGACAUUUACAUCUGUGGCCUGGACAGUACCGGCAUGGUUAAGUUGGAGCAUGCCUUUUCAACGGGGAGAUGGACACCACAAACCCUUCCUCUGGGGAAUGUGUCUGAUGUCAAAGCCUCGAUGCAGGACGGGGUGAUCGCCUGUUCCUUCACCUCCAUGAAUCCUAUCUCUACUCAGAGGACCACUGGCUUCAACAAGCCCCACUAUCUCAUGUUCGCCCAUGGACCCAGCAGCAAUGGGCAAAUCCUUUUCCAUACAGGGACCUUUAUCAGCAACAAAAAGGUGGACAUUUCCAGCCCUCAGCUUGUUGGCAAAGCAAGCCAGCCCUAUAUCAUCAAAGCACAUGGAGCACUGAUGCUGAUAGCCUGGAUGACUCUAGGAACACUGGGCAUGAUGGUUGCCAGAUAUCUGAAAAGUGUGGCCAAGAAAUGGAGCUACCAAGGCAAAGACGUUUGGUUUCUGGUCCAUGUUGUAGUGAUGAGUGUGACGGUAGCAGCCACCAUCACCGCCUUCAUUCUCUCCUUCUCACAUGUAAAGGCCUGGUCUGGGGGAGCUCAUCCUGUGUUGGGCUGCCUGGUGAUGAUCCUCUCAUUCAUCCAGCCCUUAGUGGCACUGCUGCGCUGUGGACCUCACCAUCCACUGAGGUUUCUGUUCUACUGGUCACAUGCUUUAAAUGCAGUGGCAAUAAAAGCUUUCGCUGUGGCAGCCAUAUUCACGGGCCUGAAGUUGAUUGACAGGACUGACGACCAAUGGUUGAUGAAGGUGAUGGGAGCUUUACUAGGCUGGGAAGCUUUGUUCUUCAUCCUGCUGGAAAUCAGCUUCAGAUGGAAACACAAAGAUAACUCAGAAUGUAAAACGGAGGACUUGGAUUUGACGCUGCUCUUCCUGUUUUUCUUGGGACACUUGGCCUUUCUGGUGGCACUGCUGGUUGGAAUCGGGAUGUCAUAAGCAGAUUUCACCAUGAAGAAAAAUACUGAUUAUUGAGCUCUUGAUAUUAUUAUGUACUGUGUAGCUGAUGGUUGUAUAUCUGAAACGCAGAGCACAGAUAGCUGCAUAGUAGCUGCCUUUUCCCGCCACAUGAUUGGCUGUUUGUGCCUCCACCACGGAAUGCAAUGAUGCUGAAACUGAUCUGCAUUUUACUGAGCACAUUUUAUUUUCAUAUUUAGGAAAGAAACAUUUAAUUAUAUUAUGAUAAUCAUUGUUAGUUUUUUAUUGCCCAGCCCUAGAACAAACACUUGAAGUCAGAUAUAGUAUUUUAUGUCUAAUUUC